AUGAUCCCACGAGAACGCAAGGACUGCGCCACCCUGCUAAGAGAUGACCGUGGAUCCAAACAGAAACAUAACAACAUCAACCGGAAACGGAGACGGGAGCUUAUGAAGGGCCUCAUUGAGGCAUACGACGCACGCAGCUACAAUGAGUUCUACAUGGCUAUGUCGUGCGAGGACAGAGACGACAUAUAUGAUGAAUACGGCCCACAGUGGAAAGAAACCGCUGAACACUCUAUCAACAACUAUAUUGCCGGGAUGCUAUCUAAACAGUUGGCAAUGAGGUUCGAGGAAAUACUGAUGACCAACUAUCAUAACAGACAGUGUCAACACCCCGCAAACACCUUGGACGGAGAGCAUUGGUUAGACCAACUCAUGUCGGCAAACAAGAUUAACAAACAACAGUUCCUCACUGAUUUAACACUUGUGAUGAACAGGGUAUGCACCAGGAAAAACGCCUUCGUUAUUGAAGGACCCACUACUACUCGGAAUGGACGGACAACCUCAAGGAAGCCCUGUGUUCUACGGUACGCAGCCAAGUCCGGCUCUCAGUUUCAACCAUUGGGUUGA